CCGUUGCCGAAUAUGCUACCUUAAUUCUUCUACUUCUUUUGUCCAUGGAUUGUAAAUCUAAACCACCCCAUCAUCGUUUUCUCUUCUCAAUCUAGUGGUUACUUCAUUAUCUUUAGAAAUUUCUUAAGCUCAUUAUAUAGAUAUACAUUUCUGGGAAAGUUUCUAUUUUUGGGUGGGAAUUGGUUUUUUUUUUUUUUGUUGAAAAUGGUGAAGACGGCUACAUCACCGUCUUCUUCUCCGGUGACGAUUACGGUAUCGUCUGGAGGAAAAGGAGGAGGGAGUAGAAACAUGGGUCUAACGAGUCCCGUGUCCCGAGCUUCGAUAUCGAACAUCCCAAAUUCUCCUCUGAGUGGCAGACCAAACCGGAGGUCCUCCACCGGCGGCGUAAAGUAUAGCUCGAUGUCGAAAGAUGAUACGACGACAGAAGAGACUAAUUCUGAAUACGUUAGCUACACUGUUCAUAUCCCUCCAACGCCGGAUCACCAGCCCAUGUCAGCCUCUCAGACUAGUUUGACCGAAGACGGACGCAAGUCAGCGAUGCUUCCCGAGAGGAGUUAUAUCUCGGGUACUAUCUUUACUGGAGGGUUCAACUCGGUGACUCGUGGCCAUGUGAUUGAGUCUAUCUCGAUGGAGUGUCCACCGCCUGGGAAAAUAGGGUUGGUUUGUGGAAUGAAGGGUUGUGAUGAGACAGCGAUUAAAGGUAAAAGUGCUCCUUGUGAAUGUGGAUUUAAGAUUUGCAGAGACUGUUACUUGGAUUGUUUUGGGACUGGAAGAGCACGUUGUCCUGGUUGUAAAGAGCCCUAUAAAGAUGCGAGUGAUGACGAUGACAACGGUGGUGAUGACGAUGGAGAUGGAGAUGAGACUUGUUCUGAAGCAGAGGAUCAAACUAUGCCACUGCCUUCCAUGGCGGAUGUUAAGCUGGACAAAAGGCUUUCGCUUGUGAAAUCUUUUAAGGCACAGAACCAUCCCCCGGAUUUUGAUCACACCCGGUGGCUUUUCGAGACCAAAGGAACUUACGGGUAUGGAAACGCUGUGUGGCCUAAAGAUGGCUAUGGUACUGGUUCAGGGACUAAUGGCUUCGAACACCCUCCAGAUUUUGGUGAGAGGACUAGGAGACCAUUGACUAGGAAAGUUGGGGUUUCUGCUGCUAUUCUGAGUCCUUAUAGAUUACUAAUUGUUAUACGUCUUGUGGCGCUUGGAUUUUUCCUGGCAUGGAGAAUUAGACAUCCCAACCAUGAUGCAAUGUGGUUAUGGGGAUUGUCCACGACUUGUGAACUCUGGUUUGCAUUUUCAUGGCUUCUAGAUCAACUGCCUAAGCUCUGUCCAGUUAACAGAGUCACUGACCUCUCUGUACUCAAAGAGCGGUUCGAGUCUCCGAACCUGCGAAAUCCGAAAGGAAGAUCAGACCUUCCAGGCAUUGAUGUUUUCGUUUCCACUGCAGACCCUGAAAAAGAACCUCCUCUUGUCACUGCAAACACCAUUCUUUCAAUCCUGGCAGUUGAUUAUCCGGUGGAAAAGCUGGCCUGCUACUUAUCUGAUGAUGGUGGUGCUUUACUGACAUUUGAAGCCCUUGCUGAGACUGCUAGCUUUGCUAGAAUCUGGGUUCCCUUUUGCCGCAAGCAUAAGAUUGAGCCAAGGAAUCCAGAGGCUUAUUUUGGGCAGAAGCGUGAUUUUCUUAAGAACAAAGUUCGGCUUGAUUUUGUUAGGGAAAGGCGAAGAGUAAAGAGAGAGUAUGAUGAGUUUAAAGUGAGGAUCAACUCAUUACCAGAAUCCAUAAGGAGAAGAUCAGAUGCGUACAAUGCCCAUGAAGAGCUACGUGCAAAGAAGAAACAGAUGGAGAUGGGAGGCAAUCCUUCUGACCCUCUUAAGAUUUCCAAGGGUACUUGGAUGUCUGAUGGUUCUCAUUGGCCAGGAACAUGGGCUUCAGCUGAGGAAGAACACUCAAGAGGAGACCAUGCCGGUAUAAUCCAGGCCAUGUUAGCUCCACCGAAUUCAGAACCUGUUUAUGGAGCAGAAGCAGAUAAUGAGAACUUGAUAGACACAACAGAAGUGGAUAUCAGAUUGCCAAUGUUGGUUUAUGUGUCUAGAGAGAAGAGACCGGGUUAUGAUCACAAUAAGAAAGCUGGAGCCAUGAAUGCUCUUGUCCGAACCAGCGCAAUCAUGUCUAAUGGUCCAUUCAUCCUCAACCUCGACUGUGAUCACUACAUUUACAACUCUUUGGCUCUGAGGGAAGGAAUGUGUUUCAUGCUUGACAGGGGAGGUGAUAGAAUCUGUUAUGUUCAGUUCCCACAAAGGUUUGAGGGAAUUGAUCCAAAUGAUCGGUAUGCAAAUCACAACACAGUGUUCUUUGAUGUUAGUAUGAGAGCACUUGAUGGUUUACAAGGCCCGGUAUAUGUUGGGACUGGCUGCAUUUUCAGAAGAACGGCCCUUUACGGGUUUAGUCCUCCUAGAGCCACCGAACACCAUGGAUGGUUUGGAAGGAAGAAAAUCAAGAUGCUCUUAAGAAAACCAAAGAUAACAAAGAAGAAGGAAGAUGAAGUAGCUUUACCAAUCCAUCCUGGUGAUGAAGAUGAGGAUGGUGAUAUUGAAUCCUUGUUGUUUCCCAAAAGGUUUGGGAACUCUACUACUCUUGUUGCUUCAAUCCCAGUGGCUGAAUACCAAGGGAGAUUGCUUCAAGAUCUUCAAGGCAAAGGUAACCAAGGAAGACCAGCCGGUGCUCUUUCUGUUCCCCGUGAGCCAUUAGACGCUGCAACAGUUGCUGAGGCAAUAAGUGUUAUCUCAUGCUUUUAUGAGGAUAAAACAGAGUGGGGCAAAAGGGUUGGCUGGAUUUAUGGCUCUGUUACAGAAGAUGUUGUCACUGGUUACCGUAUGCACAACAGAGGGUGGAGGUCAGUGUACUGUGUCACCAAAAGAGAUGCCUUUAGAGGGACGGCUCCAAUCAAUCUGACUGAUAGGCUACACCAAGUGCUUAGAUGGGCAACCGGUUCUGUUGAGAUUUUCUUCUCAAGAAACAACGCUUUGUUUGCCAGUCCCCGAAUGAAAUUCUUGCAAAGAGUGGCCUAUUUCAACGUGGGGAUGUACCCUUUUACGUCUAUGUUCCUCAUAGUCUAUUGUUUUUUACCAGCGGUUUCUCUAUUCACAGGGCAGUUCAUAGUCCAAUCUCUCGACAUAACUUUCCUAGUGUUCUUGCUUGCCAUCACCAUCACCCUGUGCCUGCUCGCACUCUUGGAGAUCAAAUGGUCUAAAAUCACUCUACACCACUGGUGGCGAAACGAGCAGUUUUGGCUUAUCGGCGGAACAAGUGCACACCCUUCUGCAGUGUUACAAGGACUACUAAAAGUCAUUGCAGGAGUUGAUAUCUCCUUCACAUUGACAUCUAAGUCAGGUGCAACUGAGGAUGGAGACGAUGAAUUCGCAGACCUCUAUGCAGUCAAAUGGAGCUUUCUAAUGAUUCCUCCACUCAUAAUCAUAAUGGUGAACAUGAUUGCAAUAGCAGUGGGAAUGGCAAGGACUUUGUACAGUCCAUUCCCGCAGUGGAGCAAACUUAUUGGAGGCGUGUUCUUCAGUUUCUGGGUUCUGUGUCAUCUCUAUCCUUUCGCAAAAGGGUUGAUGGGAAGAAGAGGAAAAGUUCCAACCAUUGUGUUCGUGUGGUCUGGAUUGCUCUCCAUUAUCAUCUCUUUGCUUUGGGUUUACAUAAGCCCUCCUUCUGGAAGACAAGACCAUAUGAGGUUCCAAUUCCCUUGAUUGAUUGAUGAUGAUGGACCACGAUUAUGUUAUGUUAUGUAUUAGCUAAUACUGAUCAUAUUUUCCUCUUUUCAUUAGCCAGAUGAAGUUUCUCUCACAACUUCAUUGUUCUAUGUUAGCCUAGAAUAGUUAGUGAGUUUAGAUAGAUGGUUUUUGUUUCAUGCACCUAUUCUUUUGGUAUAUAACUAUAUAUUAAAGUGUGUUUUUCUAUUGAAAGAACCUCAACUCAAUUGUCAAUAGAAAAUGCAAUUUUCUUGACA